UUCUAAUCUGGAGUGAAGUGCAGUGGUUGACUUUAUGGUGUCAGAUUAUGGCUGUGCCGGCAGCUGCAGGGGAUCAGCGACAACGGUUUGCUGUCAAACUGUAUUUUCUUCGUGAAGACGAGGCCUCUGGACAAAGUGGGGUUCAGGUCUUGCAGCAGACCCCCAACUUUUUGCUACUUGAAAUGGAUGUGCAGAACGAAAGCGCCGUGAUAACUGGCACAGAUGAUGGUGGCGUGUGUGUCUUUAAAUGUUCUGUAAACAAUGAUACAGAAUGUUGUCAUAUUGGGAAGCAGUGCUUUGUGAUUUCUCUGGGGUUUAGCAGUGUUUUGCUGCAAUUCAAGAGCCAGACUGAAUUCUACAUGUUUUCUAAUACGAUAAAGAAAUGCAGACAGCAGAAGACAAUGACUGUACUCCAUCAGCAAACAGAGGAAACUGCAGAUGCUCAAUAUUUCCAGGCUUAUGGCUGCUUAUCACAACAGCAGAACAUGAUGCAGGACUUUGUGAGGACAGCUACCUACCAUAGGGCUAUGCUGGAAAAUCAAGAUGAUUUUAAAGACAAGGUAGUUCUAGAAGUUGGCUGUGGCAUGGGGAUCCUUUCUUUCUUUGCAGUACAAGCAGGAGCAAAAAAGAUUUAUGCUGUUGAAGCCAGUCCUGUGGCUCAGUAUACAGAGAUUCUAGUGAAAAGUAAUAACCUUUCAGAUAAAAUCACUGUUUUGGAUGGGAAAAUUGAAGAAGUCUCUAUUCCUGAACCAGUAGAUAUCAUCAUCUCUGAAUCAAUGGGCUAUAUGCUAUUCAGUGAGAGAAUGUUAGAAAGUUAUCUUCAUGCCAAGAAGUGGUUAAAACCAAAGGGACUGAUGUUCCCCACAUUCAGUGAAGUACAUCUGGCGCCAUUUUCAGAUGAACAGCUGUACAUGGAGCAUUACAACAGAGCCAGCUUCUGGUGCCAGCGGCGUUUCUAUGGGAUUGACCUGUCUGGCCUUCGCAGUGCUGCUUUAGAUGAAUACUUCAGACAGCCUAUUGUGGACACCUUUGAUUUAAGAAUGUUGGUGGCACGAACUGUUAAAUAUACAGUCAAUUUCCUGGUAGCAAAAGACGAUGAUCUGCGCAGGAUAGAAAUUCCAUUUGUGUUCCACAUACAGCAAUCUGGUCUUAUCCAUGGCUUGGCCUUCUGGUUCGAUGUGGCAUUUGUGGGAUCAGUGGUAACGAUCUGGCUAUCGACCGCUCCCACUGAACCUCUUACCCACUGGUACCAAGUGCGCUGCCUGUUCCAAACACCACUUUUUGCCAGAGAAGGUGAAACUCUGUCAGGGAAUGUACUUCUUAUAGCAAACAAACGACAAAGUUAUGACAUUCACAUUACAGCAGUGGUAGAUCAAACAGGGUUUGCAUCGAGUAAUGUACUAGACCUGAAGAAUCUCUAUUUUAGAUAUGCCUAAAUACAGUUUGUCUGCAUCAUAAAACAAAGAAAACAGAAAUGAUUUUGCCAAAGCUAUCAAGAAGAAUUUCUCUUUUACAGAGCAACUGAAACUGGCCAGUGUAUUUAAGAUAGACACUUCAACUUGGAAAGCCUUUAGUCUUGAAAUGUACAGCUACUAAGAAUCUGAUGUUUUACCAGACUAUUCUCAUAACAAAAGCAAUAUGUUAAUAUCUGCCUGUUGCAGAAUGAAAUAUUUACUAAGUUAAUUGAAACUGCUCAGUAUGAUGUUCGCUGAACCGACUGCAUAAUAGGCUAAAUCCUUCUGUCUUCUGGAAAAGAAUGAACUGCACUCUUUCUGCAUCAAUGUUUCUAUUGAACUUGGAUUCACCUGCAAAAACACAUGUAGCCACUGCAGAUCAUUGUACAAUAUAAUGCCUUGCAAUCGUGAUUGUCACAAAAAAGCUGAAAUUCGGAAUUAGAGUACUUGUAACAUGUAACAAGCUAGGCGUGUGAGUACCUUCUUUUAAAUUAUGAUCUGUUGUGUAAUACUGGUUUCAUUUCCUGUUCUUAGCACAGAACUUUAGUGUGAAGCUGCUG